GUUACGAGUUUCAUCCCAGUAGCUGUGAAAACGCUGGCCAACAAAUAUGAAUAAUAAAAGUCCCGCUAAUUCGAUUUUCGACGGUUUCAAAAAUAAUGCAAUGUCCAAGUUGGGCGUCACAAAACUACUAUCUCAAAGUUUUUUCACAUAGGGCAGAUAACAUCACUAAGAAGAACGUUUCGUAACGUUUGUUACUUCAAACCAUAUAUGGACUCCCCUCUUGGAAAAAUUUAAGUUUUCGGGUUUCGGGUCCAAAACAGUAUUAACCAACGAUAUUUUAGUGUUGAACUGCAUCGAAAUGUCAAUCAUUUGUGUUGCCGAGCUAGAACCACGCACUUGUUAGUUACUUCGAUUCGCCAAACUUCGGCGGCGGAUCGUCCUCGAAGCCCGGGCACGCUGCCAGCGCUGAUGAUGUGUCGGCGUCUGCGAGCAGCCAUUACCACCACGGCGGAUCUUCGUCCGCAGCCAGUGCCACUGAGCACUUGCUGCACAAGGACAUAGCGGCUGUGGCGCAGGGAGGAUGGAACGUGACAAAGUCACUGAUGAAUGUCAAAGCCGAGGAAGACAACCAUGAUCGCUGCCAAUCUCUGAUCGAGUUGAACAAAGAGCCGCCGGCCGUGCCAUCCGAGAAAGUGGGCCAAAUAAAUUUUGGACUCGAAUACGACUACCAGCAAAACACGUUGAUCCUGCGCAUAAUCGCGGCCAAAGACUUGCCGGCGAUGGACUUGAGUGGCACGUCUGACCCGUACGUUCGGGUGACAUUGCUGCCAGACAAAAAGCACCGACUGGACACGAAAGUGAAACGCCGAACCCUAAACCCGCGCUGGAACGAGACACUCUAUUUUCAGGGUUUCACAAUGCAAAAGUUGCACAAUCGGACUCUUCACUUGCACGUGUUUGAUUACGAUCGGUUCUCCAGAGACGAUUCUAUUGGCGAGACAUACAUUGAGUUGAACAACGUUGAUUUUACCGCAAAACCGGUGUUUUGGAAGGAUCUUACAGCACCGCUAAAGGAUAAGUGCGGCCAUUUGUUGACGUCAUUGUCUUACAAUCCGAUGACUAACAAUUUGACACUCGGCAUCAUUGAGGCCAGAAACCUCAAGGCUAUGGACAUAAACGGAAAAUCUGAUCCGUACGUGAAAGUGUGGUUGCACGUGGGUGACAAAAAAGUGGAAAAGCGCAAGAGCAUGGUUUUCAAAUGCAAUCUAAAUCCGAUUUUUGACGAGAAAUUUGAGUACACGUUGCCGGUGGAACAGCUUAGAGAAGCGGCUUUGGAGGUGAUGGUCAUGGACUUUGACAACAUUGGUCGUAACGAACUCAUCGGCAAGAUAACAAUAUCAUCCAACAAAAAUGCGACUGGACAGCUGGAGGCACAGCACUGGAAGGACAUGCUAAGCAAACCAAAGCAGAGCGUGGAAUACUGGCACCGAUUGAAACCUGAAUAAUUUAUUUAUUAUCGAUAUUAUUGAUAUUAUUAUUAUUAAUAUUAUUAUUAUUAUUAUUAUUAUUAUUAUUAUUAUUAUUAUAACUAUAAUAUUAUAAUAAGGCGAGUGUGUUAUGAAGUUUUUAUUCUAUUUUAUUUGUUUAUUUUUUGUUUUUUUAAAAUAAUAUUAUAUUAUACCGUAAGAAUAAUGGAACAAAACAUAAUAAUACAUAAUAUUUAUUACAACAAUAUUUUUCUGCAUUUGAUAAAAUUACAUAAUAUAUGAUUUAUAUAUAAUAUGAUAUAUAUAUAUAUUAUAUAAUAAUAUUAUUAACAAAUAUUUAAAAACUAGAUAAGGGAAAUCAUAUUAUAUAAUUAUUUUUGUUUUCAAGGAAUAUUAAUAUUAAUAACGGAAAUAAUAUAUAAUAUAUAGCGUUAUUAUUAAUUUUUAAGUGUGAAAAAAACAUAACAAUACAAAUAAAAACAAAAAACGACAAUAUACGACGAUGUAUACCUAAUUACGUUGUUGGAUAUUGUCGCUAACCGACGAAAUUAGGUGAAAAUUGUUAAAGCACCAAAAUGUAGUUUAGACGAAUAACAUCGGCAAGUAAUGUAUUUAUGAUGUUACUAUACCGAUUUAUAUAAUAUCUACAUAUUUUAUGUGUCUGCAUACGUAUAUAAAUAACAAAUCUUAUAUUAUAAAAGGAGUGAUUGUUCUUUUAACAGUGAACACUCAUUAUUUUGUAAAGUUUAACUUGACGUAUUUUAAAAAUAUUUGUACUUACAUCAUUUUAAUUCAUUAUAAAACAACGUUUUUGAAAAAAGAAUGAUAUUUGUUUACGGUUUUUGUCGUUAUCGUUGUUUAAGUAUUUCACUUUUUUUAAUGAUAACGUGCAUUUUUAGUUUCGCAUUCCGAAGCAGAAUAUUUUUCUGAGAAUUUUGAUUUACAAAAAUCGAAUGUAUCAGACAAAUAUUCUUCCUUUCGAAUAUUAAAUCAAAACAGUUAUUAUACAAAAUACGGUAAAAAAAAUAUUUAUUUUCAAUAACUUUGUUUCGUCGUGAAUUCGAAUUAUGUUAAAAAAAAAAUAUUUUAAAAACCUUAACACUUUUUCAAUACUUUUCGAUGUGACGAGUGUUAACCGUUAAGAUAAUCACUCGGCAACUAUACCUAUUUGUGUGUGACAGAGUGCGUGUGUUAAGUGUUUAUGUGUAAGUGUGUGUUUGUAUAUUAUUGUAGCGUUGAUUUUUAUUUUAACCUUAGUCUUUUUAAUACAUAAUACAUAAUUAUUAUUAUUAUUAUUAUUAUUAUUAUUAUAAAAAUUAUUAAAAUUAUUAUUAUUUUAAUUAUCAUGAUUAUUAUUAUUAUUAUUAUUAUUAUGAUUAUGAUUAUAAUUAUUAUAUUUACGGUUAUUAUUAUUAUUAUAAAUUAUCAUUAUUCAUCAGUCUUGUAUACACGAUUGAUGUUUUAUGACCACAUGCAUAAAUGUCGCCUGCCAAUAACAAUACGUGAUAUAUAGACUCAAAAAAUA